UGGCGGAGAGAGGAGACGGCCAACAGAAAAGCUCAGUGAUUGCAUGAGGUUCUCACGAGAACAUUUGGGUAGUUAGUGCUGGUAGGAGAUCUGGCCUCCCAGGAUGGACAGUGCUUAGAUGUGGGCAACGUUUAAGCUGAAUGCAUUGUGAUUUCCAAUAAUUGAGACAGUGAUUUCUAAAAAGCUGUCUACAUUAAUGAAAAGAACAAUGUAGUCAGCUUAGCAUAUUCAACCCUGUACAUGAUUAUUAUUAAAUAGGUGUCUUGAGCUGUUUGAUGUAUUUAUGCAUGUGUUACGGCUGCAGUUGUUUAAGCUGAAGAGUUAUACAUAGGCAGAUCACUUUCCUAGUUGCGUUCUCUCAGUUUUUAAUAUAGCUUUUUAAGAAAUUGAACAUGGAUGUGAAUGAGAUUUUACCCCCCCUCCCAUUGGAGCCACCAGACGCAGUAUUUGCGGGUAACGAUUACUGUAAAGCACCUCCACUACCUCCCCUGCAAACGUCCAGUGACGCAGAGGAAAUGGACGUUAGCUCUGGUGGUGAUGGACACCAAAACACCCCAGCAGUGGACAGGGAUGAACAGCUCUUCCUCAACAAACGCACAUUGUCCUUUAGUGUCCACCCAUCAGAUAAUUCUGACCCUUUGGCCACGUGCCCUAGAACUGCUCGCCAUGCUCCCCCAGUUACUAAAUUCUUACCUGAUCUCAAACUACUUAGAGAUGUAAAGAUCAGUGUCAGUUUCUCAGACGGCAGUAGGAGUAAAGACAGGAAGGUGUUGUACACGGGUAUGGGGCAGGGUAGUGAAGAAGAUCACAGCCUAGAGAGCCUGAAUGGUGAGUUGCAUGAUUCUCGAGAUCAGGGGAGUGUGCCGGGCAGCUCGGGCACAAGUAACGAUUCUCUAGGUUUAGCUAGAAACAUUGAAGUGAUAGAGGCUGAGCAGGAGAGCAAGGUUGAGUUUGCUGUGCUAGAUGACCUGGAAGAUUUCAGCGAAAACUUUCUGGAAGUGGAACAUGGAGAGCAGAGUGGUUUCAGGUCUGAGAUGAUAAUUCAACAGGAGCAUGUGCGCGAGGAGGAACUGAAUUACUCCUAUGAGGAGGACUUUGACAAUGAUGUAGAUGCCCUGCUGGAGGAAGGCAUGCCCUUGCCUAAGAAGAGGCGACUGGCUGAGGACGUUUACACUGGAGACAGUGAUCACCAUUCAGAUGGAGAGGCUGGAGUUCAGCCCAUGAUGACCAAAAUUAAGACCGUUCUUAAGAGUCGUGGGCGUCCACCUACCGAACCGUUACCUGAUGGAUGGAUCAUGACAUUCCAUAAUUCUGGCAUUCCAGUCUACCUCCACCGGGAAACCAGAGUUGUAACCUGGUCUAGACCUUACUUCCUUGGAACUGGAAGCAUUAGGAAACAUGACCCACCAACCAGUAGCAUUCCCUGCUUACACUACAAGAAAAUGAAGGAACAAGAGGAAAGGGAACAAAAUGGUGAGGUAACUCCGAAUGCAGAGGUGUCGCCGGUGAAAUCGGGGGAAGAGGGUAUCUCAUUGGAGACAGCUGACGAGCCAGACUCUACUGCUACAGAAGAGGCACCUGGCCAAACUACAUCAGAAGUGCCAGAUCUUGACCUCAUGGAGCCAGGAGGGUCUUCAGAGCGGAAGGAAGGACAGUCCAGUGAUACUGCACAGGGAGCCCUGGGCCAGGUCAAAGCCAAGGUUGAGGUCUGCAAAGACGAAUCUAUUGAUAUUGAACGAUUCAGACGCUACCUAGAGAAGUGCUUUGAUUUUGAGCAAGUGACUGUGAAGAAGUUCCGCACAUGGGCCGAGCGCAGACAGUUCAACAGGGACAUGAAGAGGAAGCAAGCAGAAUCUGAGAGGCCCAUCCUACCAGCCAAUCAGAAACUCAUUACGCUGUCUGUGCAGGACGCGCCCACAAAAAAAGAAUUUGUCAUCAACCCUAACGGGAAGUCAGAGGUGUGCAUAUUACAUGAGUAUAUGCAAAGAGUGCUGAAGGUGCGACCAGUUUACAACUUUUUUGAAUGUGAAAACCCAAGUGAACCCUUUGGAGCCUCAGUCAUUAUAGAUGGUGUUACAUAUGGCACAGGAACAGCAAGUAGUAAAAAACUUGCGAAGAACAAAGCUGCUCGAGCAACACUGGAGAUCCUCAUUCCUGACUUUGUCAAACAGACGUCAGAGGAGAAGCCCAAAGAGGGAGAUGAGCUGGAGUAUUUUAAUCAUAUCAGUAUUGAAGAUUCAAGGGUAUAUGAGCUGACCAACAAAGCAGGUUUACUCUCACCGUAUCAGAUCCUUCAUGAGUGCCUUAAGAGAAACCAUGGGAUGGGUGACACCAGCAUCAAGUUUGAGGUGAUCCCAGGAAAGAAUCAGAAGAGUGAAUAUGCCAUGACAUGUGGGAAGCACACUGUGCGUGGCUUAUGUAAGAAUAAAAGGGUGGGAAAGCAGCUGGCAUCACAGAAGAUUCUUCAAAUGCUUCAUCCUCAUGUGAAGAACUGGGGCUCACUGCUGCGCAUGUACGGCAGAGAGAGCAACAAGAUGGUCAAAAAGGAGAAUUCUGAUAAGAGUGUGAUUGAACUUCAGCAGUUUGCCAAAAAGAACAAGCCAAACCUUCACAUCCUCAACAAGCUACGAGAGGAGAUGAUGAAGCUUGCUCAAGAAAGGGAGGAAGCAAGGAAGAAGCCGAAGAUGACUAUAAUGGAGUCGGCUCAGCCUGGCAGUGAGCCUCUGUGUACUGUUGACGUCUAACAAACCCUUGUGAUAGCAAAUAGCACUGACCAAUUGUUAAUAGUUAAAAAAAAA